AUGACCAGCUUCCCCAAGAUACGACCAGCUGUGGAAAAGUUUCGAGCUGCGCUUGCCCGGAGGAAAGAAGCCAAAGAUCGAUCUCAUCGCCGCGGUGUUUCAGAGUCUACCUCGUCGUCAUUAGGCGUCAAAAAUGUUAAUGCUCCGAUCCCUCCGUCGCCGUGGGGCUUGCCGGUCGAGAUUCAAAUCAAAAUCUUUGGCUACUGCGACACAACUGAUUUCUACCGCCUCAAACUGGUCUGCAAGUCCUUCAAUGCGCUGCUGCUCUUGAAUGAACACGAAAUUGUCCGCCAAUACCUCCGUCAACGUCGGCAUGGAACCCUACCCUCUCCACUUGAUGAGAAGCGAACAUAUACCCGCAAUCCAGAGGAUGACAUGGUACUCCUGUCUGACCUAUUUCCGCCCUCGAAGAGUGCCAAAGGUGGCCAUCUGUACACCUUUCGCUACCUUCAUGAGCUCCGAUCCCGGCAGAAGCAAUGCUCGAAGCUGUGCUAUUACCUGGCGGAUCGGGUGAUGGAUCGAUUCAUGCAAACCGAGCAAGUCUUUCUUCGAUCAUCAUUUCCCGUCAAGAAGACCGAGCGGUCCGCAAUGAUCAAGAGAGGCAAGACCAGUAUUUGGUUUCGCCUCGCCCCUCUCAUGUACUACGUCAUGUACUUUUUGCAAAGCUUCGCCUCCGCCAGGCGCGAGCAUACCAAUCUGUUGCUCCGAGCACACGAGUCCGGACAGCUUUCAGUUCCGGUGCCCGCCGAGACACGGCGAAAGAUGUACCGCAAGCUGCAAACUCAGAUCCUACGAGAACCUCCGUUUCAUAACACCGCCGCGCUGGUUGCGACACAUCAUUGCAUGCACCUACUGGUCUCUUUGAUUCGAUACACCAUGGCGGCCGACACUGAGAUUGACGAUUCCUGGAUCCUGUCCCUCUUGAUGUGGUCCCCCUUCACUCGCAUCAUGGAAUAUUUCUCUGCCGAGAUAGGCGACGGAGGCAACCAGCGCAUGCAACGGAAGGAUUUUAUGUACAAUUUCCACCGUGACAUGACGGCCCAUGAGAAGGAUCAUAUGAACUCAUUAAUAUUUGGCCCGGCGAAUGGAGAUACAGACCGCUCUGUGCGGGACUUGUGGUUUGACGCUGCAUCCGUCGAGAUGGAAUUGCGAAAAGCGUCACCCCAUCAUGUAGAGACUGUGUGGACAUGGAAUGGCAUGCCCAUUGUAUUAGGAUGCCCGGACUGCCGGCCAGCUCCGGGCUGGAGGGCUUAA